GCGGAUUCUAACUGAGCCGUGCAGCGAGGUCUGCCCACAUCACAGCUUUAAGCAGCGAUUCACCACUGCGUGAUGUCGACACUAAUCUCUCAUCAGCAAAAGGAGGAGUGAAAAUAAUUCAUUUCUGAGCGUGCAAACUGAAGGUAGCCGACGUCUGGAGGAAAUAACAGGAGGAGAUUCUUAAAUGUUCUUCUGCUGAGAGACUGAUCUUGGAAAGCAAUGAAACAUAUGGCACAGAAAAAGAGAAAGGAGUUUAUCAGUGUAUGGGUUCGAGAUCCAAGAAUUCAGAAGGAAGAUUCGUGGCAAUCCUAUGUAGACUAUGAGAUUUGUAUUCAUACUAAUAGCAUGUGUUUUACAAUAAAGACUUCACGUGUUCGAAGGCGUUAUAAAGAAUUUGAUUGGUUAAAGCAGCGACUUCAAGACAAUGCAAUAUUGAUACGUUUACCAGACCUCCCUCCUAAAACACCUUUUUUAAGUAUCAGCAAUGCCCAGCUUGUGGAGCAACGCCGGCAAGGACUCCAAGACUUUCUGGAGAAAGUACUGCAGAUCAACAUCCUCCUUUCAGAUAGCCGAUUGCACCUCUUCCUGCAGACACAGUUAAGUCCUCCAGAGAUCGAGGCUUGUGUUUCAGGUCUGACCGACUACUCAGUUGCUGAAGCAAUUCACAAGCACGCUACUUCCAACAGACGGUUCCCUGUUGAGAAAGCAGAGCAAGUCGAAAUCUAUUUAGAUUCAGAUUCUGAAAGCACUUCAUCCUCGGGGCUUGGAAAUGGCAGGAGUGACAAUGUGAAGUUGUAAAAGAUGAACGGUGUGAGAGCCUGUGUUGUGGCUGGCUUUCUUCAGCAGACAAAGUAUUCACAAUGUAUAGCCCAGGCUGUUCUUGCCAGAAACAGGUAGCUGAAUGAACCUCGUCACAAUUUUUUUCAGAAGAAUCGUACAACUUUGUGAACUUCAUCCAGAGGUGGAUUGUUUACCUGCUCCAUGGGUGCUGCACUGUUUUUGUACACAGGAAGAAGAACCUACAUUUGUAGCUAUAUAGAAAACCAAUUACGAACAACUUGUUGUUUAAAACGUGCUGCUAUUUUAAAAUUUUAAAUUUUAAAUGGCAGUAUUUGAGAGAGAAUUCAUAUAGGCAUCAUUUUGCAACACAAGAUUAUUAUAAACCCUCCAGAGAAGCUGAUUUUUAAAAAAAAACACUUGAAGUAUUAAAAUAUGCCCAAUUACUCUUUUUGCUUUGCUUCUGAAGCUAUGAUCCGGUUAUCUGAAAUACAGGCCUGUUAUCUAUAGACUGUUUACAUGGAUUCAGGUCUGAGCAAUUUUUCCAAUGGUUUACUGUAGGUCAUUAAGGUCUGGUGUUACAAAUGAAAGGAAAAUGUUGAAGGUAUGCAUUCAUUAAAUAAUCCUGGCGAUUUUUUAAAUCUUCUUAUUUGAAAUUUUAGUAAUGCAUUUAUUACAAAACUUCAGACUUCAUCCUAUGACCUUGGCGGAAUAGGGAGGAAAGAAAGAAAAUAACCUUAAAUAUGGUCUGAAACUUUGCAGUAACUCUAGUAAAAGCUCACAUUGAGUAUCAUUGUAAUGUUCUUCAUCAAUCUGAGCUGAAAUAUUUGUAUUGCAUCCAGGUUUAUAUCUAUGAAUUUUAAUUGUCAAAUAUUGGCCACAAUUUCAAUUUGCUGCAUUCUUCACAAAUUGAAACUUCAAAAAUGAUAAAAUUCACCUGAGUAUUCUACAUAAAUCUGGAGAAUUGUUCCACUUGGUUUAGUGAUCUAAUGUCUGUUACUGUGCACACUCCGUGAAGAAGAGACAUUUUGAUUCUCCUCUUACUAAACGAGACUUUUCAGGGCUAAGAUAUGGUAAUUUUUAGUACUCUAAUAACUUUGAUUUAUUGUGUUUGGGAAAUGGAUUAGGGUAACUUCAAUAUGCUUAUAACCACUACUGUUUACUCUUUGCUGGAAUCAUUGUUGAGUCACUUUCAUGUUGCUUAUGUGUUCCACCAGUAUCUAAAACUGGCCAUUUUGAAUAUAAAAUGGAUCAGUGUGCAUCCUUAACACACUGACUAUAUUAUAAAGAUAUAUAAAUAUUCAAAGUGUACUGGUUCUAUUUUUAAAAUGGGUUACUUCUGCUGCUUUAGGUUUUGUGCUUUUCAUCAAGUAUAAGCUCCCCUGGCCAAGUUAUUUAGCUAUAUAUCCUGAGGACAAUUUGCUUUGAAUUUCUUUCCAACUCUGAUAUUAUCAAGUUUCCCACCCUGAUCUUAUCAAGAGAAUUGGCAUGUUCAAGGUGAAUGUAUAAUAACUGGGAUACAUUGCUAUGAUAUGUAGUAUUCAAGUGACCAAAGGGUCCAUAAGGAAAGUAUUGGUGGACUAGAUUAACUGUGCAUGGUGCCAAACAGAAAUUAAAUUCUUCUUGUUACUAAGGAGUCUAAACUCAAAAGUAUUUUUUCACUUUAGUAAAUAAUGUAUAUAAAAUGUUGCCAACUCACAUCAGUAGAGCCUUCUAUGCUUCUAAAUUUUAAUUGAAGUUUGGGUAUUUAAACAGUUAUUUGCCUCUGAUACUGUGAAUGUCUAAAACCAAGGGGUAAUUUGACAGCCACAUUUUGUUAUUUGACUUGAUGCUUGAAUCUUCUGGUCUGAGUGCCACUGGUUUAUGUUAAAUCUAAACUAAUUUUGUGGGCAGAGAAAAAGUAAGCUGGAACUUCACUGUAGGACUCACAGUUUGUUCCUAAGUUGUCUUUGUUUCUCUAAAAUGUUUUUGUUCACCACAGAGAAUCUUGUCUUCAGAAAGUGGAUGUUUAUUGAAAUUGUGCACUACUGUAUUUUUCAUUUGAAUAGUUUAAUAAAUCUACUGAAAUGUG